AUGGUUGCAACCCAUUUCUUUGCGGCUACAGCUCUCGUAGCUACAGCUCUAGCAGCUUCAGUUACACCCAGAGCUGCCAGCCCUUGGACCAACUUCAACGACAACGCGGUCUUUAUGCCAAAGAAGGAAGCCACCAGCUGGGGUAAUUGGUACCAGCCUUUCCUGUAUUCCCUCCCUCAAGAUAUUGGGGGUUACAAAAAGGGAACAAUCCUCCUGGCUGGCGUGUCGACUCCUCGGAACCUCACACAAGCCUACAUCGAUCUCUAUGCAAGCACCAACCAAGGAAAAGAUUGGAAGUUCGUCAGCCAUAUUGUCUACGGCCCGGGACCUGAGACUGUCAGCCAAGGAGACCGAGCUGUUUGGGAGCCUUUUCUGAUGAUGCACAACGGCCAACUUGUCGUCUACUACUCUUCACAAGCCGACCUGAAAUAUAAUCAGAAGCUCGCUCACAAGACAACCAAGGAUCUUCGCAACUGGAGCGAAGAGGUGAAUGAUGUCGCGUACGACAACGAAUCGCAGCGGCCUGGUAUGGCGGUAGUGGCAUACAGUCCAGUGUCGAAAAAGUACGUCAUGGCAUGUGAGUAUUGCGGUGGCCCUCUCACCGGAGGCUGCCCUAUGUACUACAAAGUAUCGCCAGACCCUCUUGCGUUUAGUGCGGCCACCGCGCAGCCCAUCAUGCCAAACGACCCCAGCCUUAACCCUAACGGAAGCCCCUUUAUUAUCUGGACUCCGGAACCUGGCAAGAAUGGCAGGGGCAUCUUUAUUGCAAACGGAAACUCCCGAGAGGAGGUAUUUGUUAAUACUGAUGAACUUGACCCGAAUGGAUGGAAGCCUGUCUCUGUCGGACAGUGGUCAGCCUACUCGCGAGAACUGCGCAUCAUCAAUACCCCUAAGAACAGUGCGGCCAAAGGAAGUCCCAAGCUUCUUAUCACCAAUGGUGGAAAUAUAGGUUGCUCAGGAUCAUCCUAUAACUAUGUUGCUGACGGACUCGUUGAUAUUCCCACAUAUCCGGUCUCAUAA